CGCACAUGUGACCACAGAAGGCGCUUACUGGUAUUUAAACAUCAUCGAUCGGGUGCUGAAGUGGACAGCUCCCCGUGAAAGAUAAACAAGUCAAAACCAAAAACACAAUGGCUCCUUUCGCUCCUUGUUGUGGAUGCUUUUCUUUUUUGAAACACUGAAUGAAGGUGUCUCCAGGUCCACAUCAUCUCUGAACAUUUCUGCGCUUUUUUUUUAAGCUGAUGAGGAGAAAUCUCACGGCGUUCUCUGCGCAAACGGCACUUAGGCGGAUGUUGUGACACCUGUGGCUGAUUCCGAUUCUCAUAAAAGAGGGGAGGCUGGAUUGUUUCACUUCCAUUCUGCAGGAGAGGGGCUCCGGGGCCGUUUGAUCUCUCGUGGAGAACGCGCAAAAGGUAACCUAAAGCCAUUUAAGCGACAGACGCAUUAAUUUCUAAGCCGCUCUAUGUGCACUGCUUGCACACAGGAAGAAGCAUGGAUAGAGAGGAAUUUUCUCUGACUAGUGCGCUGAGUGGAUUUGUUGAGCGGGGGGUGUGCUCCCGUGGAAACUAAACUGAGGACACUGGCUAAAGCGCCGUCAACAGAAGCUCGCCAUUUCUCUCCAAGCUGCUUUUUAUCCUUUCUUAUUUCACAAUUUCUAAUUAUUUUUCUAACCGGCCAUGGGGAAGGAAGAGUGCAAAACAAUGCUGGACGCUUUGAACAAAGUGACCGCUUGCUACAGACAUUUGGUCAUCGCUCUUGGAAGCACCUCGGACUCGCAGAACCUCCGAGAGGAGCUGAAGAGAACCCGCAAAAAGGCCCAGGAGCUGGCCGUGGCCAACAGGACUAAACUGACCGCUUUGCUCAAAGACAAGACCAUCAGCAAGGAUGACCGGGCCGAGUACGAGCGCCUAUGGGUGCUGUUCUCAAGCAGCAUGGACCUCCUGGAGGUGGACAUGAAAAGGUCCCUGGAGAUAGGGCAGGAUUUCCCCCUCAAGGUGCCGACGAGACACCUGAUCCAGACGGGGAUGACCGGCAGCACCACCACGGUGGCGGCCAGGGCCAUGAGCGUGCAGAACAUGAAAUACGAGGCGGACAGCAACAUCGACACGGCGGACCUCCGGGACCUGCAGGCCGAGAUCUCCCAGGUGAGCCAGAUGAUGGAGGAGAUGGAGAUGAAGGUGCAGGUGGCGCCGUGGGCCGUCGAGGCGAAACAGGAGGCGGGAGCCGAGCUCAAGUCCAACAUGAGUGUAGGAAAUUCCUCCGUGGGUGUCAUCUCCAUCUGCGAAGAGGAGCCCAAAGAGGAGGAGGGCGGAGGAGGCAGUAACACGGGUUUCGCGUCGAUCUGCGCCGUGAUUGUAUUCUUUGUCAUCGUCAUAGCCGCUUUGAUUCUGGGAUAUCUGGUCAUCAACAUGUCCUGAACUGUCCCACCGACAGCCCACCCUGUCGGACACCCUGCCGGGCUGAUUGACGGGAGCGUCACCGUGGACGAAAGAUCCGGCUGCUCCACUACACAGAGAAAGUUUUGUGGGCUUGAGGGGCUGAUUUAAAAAACAAAAAUAAACCGUGGACACUCAAAGUAAUUAAUCUUACACAGAUUGUGAAUGUAUUGGGUGGAGUUGAGGAGUUGCAUUAGAUAGAUAUGUACUAGAACAACAUAGCAGGUGUGGUUCAGAGAGAAUGGAGGCACGGGGAGUAUUCUGAAGGGGCCAUGUAGGCUAUUUUUGAAAAGGAAAAAAAAAAUCAUAAAAUUACGUGACAGUGUCUGGCCAUCAGGCUGAUAUAAACAACACGUAAUCCAAGUGGAUUAGUGGAAAAGCUCAAGCAUAAAUGUAGCCUACUGUUAAGUAUUCCCCUUGAUGUUCUGCGGAUUGAUGCUUUAGAUUUAUGAUUCUCAUCCAGGAGAUGUGUUGAGAGGAGAAAAGGGGGAAAACUAGUCAGAAAGUUAGGGUUAUGUUGUUUGGAAACUCAGAACUGCAGUUAGGCUAAUUUUUGCUCUUGAAACCACACUGGUUGGAUGUGAUCAAAUCCGCACUGUUCUACACCCAUGUUAGCACAGUUUUAAUACAGCAUAAUAAUCUCCGUAGCCAGACGGUAGUCGGCCUGCAUCUUACUUCAUUGCAUCAAAUCACAAUGUGCUUCAUGAGAGCCUUGGAACCUAAGAGACCUCCACAGUCUUUUAAUAAUGCACCCGUUCACUGUAAGCCUGUUCAUGUUCCUUUUCAAGGUUUUCUUGCAAACAGUGUUGAAUGUAUACAUUGCAACAUGUGUAUAGAAGGUUUGUACAUACAGUCUACUGCUGUGUCAGAUAAUGUACAUACAAUCAAGUAUAUUUAUUAUAAUAAAACUUUGAAACACA